AUGGAAUCGGGUAACAAUCGAUCCCAUAAAAGCAGUUGUACUAGCAUGGUCAAUUCGAGAAGACAAUCCUUAACAGCGCAACUUUCACGAACAGCCAGACGUUUUUCGGCUACAUUGGCACCACAACUGACAAAACUGGAUCCUUUACCAUUGCUUCAGAAUUAUGAAGUACUUAAUAUACGAUUAGUAAAUAUUGCACAGUAUCACGCAGCUAUCGAGGGGUAUGUUAUCCAAAACAAUGUAAACUUCAGUCCGAUUGAUUUUGAAAUAACGGAUGAAAAUAAUGUUCGUGUGCUCAGUAUUAGUUUACAUCCUGAGGAAAUGAUUCUUUCUAAUGGUACCAGUAGGAUUUUUUCGAUCACAUUCGACGAUUGCGAUCCUGAAGAACGUGGAACUGUGAUAGCCAAAAUCAGGCAACCAAUAUCACGUAAAUCGUACACUUUGAUCGCAAGUUUAUACUAG